ACCCUUCUCACAACCCAACAAACAGACUGCCAGUCAGGUGGCGGGUUACACAACAGCACAUUCAAACGGACUUUUAAACGUUUAUGGACAAAGUGAAAGCAAAAUUACUGAACAUCCCUUCAACAUUCUGCGAGCUCCGUCGUGCUCCCAAAUUAUCCAGAGACAUGAACAAAAAAAGAGCAAACUUCGCUAAUAAUCUCCACAGAGGAAGAGGACAUCGCGAUUUUUCGAGAGACAGGUUCAUGCCGAUUCCGUUUAAACGUAUGUACGGUCGACAGAGCCAUUUGGAGAGUGGGAGAAAGUUGUCCUAUGGUAGGCCUACUUUACACGCUGAACAGAUCCGGCCUUAUAACCAGCAUGAAUUACCAACAAACAGAGGUCAUGGCUCAAAUAUCAGUACACUUUUGAAUAUAAUUAUAAAGGAUCUCCAGCCUUUAAGGUCUGUGACAAGACUUCAUCUCACAAGGACUCUACAACCCUCCUUAGAUGGUCAUUUAAGUGCCUCGUGGAUCCGAAAUGAACUUCAGAACCUUUACAGGCAGAAGAGGGUGGAAGUACAGAAUGCAGUCAAUAAUGCAAGUAACCUUGCUCUCUCAGCUGAGCUGUGGAGCUCCAAUGAGAAGGUGUUUUACCUGACGGUGUCCUGUCACCUAAUCAGCGAAAACUGGAAGCUGAAAUCGUAUGUGCUAGAUACAGCUCAUUUACUCAUCAAGCAUACAGCAGAGAAUGCAGCAGAGCACCUUUUGAGAAUUUCAAACGAGUGGAACGUCACGGAGAAGACGCAGAUUGUGGUCACAAAUGUUGACAGCAUGAAGAAGGUCCAAAACAAUGGAUGCAGAUGGACCUACAUACCUUGUUUUGCUCAUACUUUGGAUAAAGUUUUUAGACAAACCAUACAGGAAACUGACUAUGAAUCUCUACUCAGGAAAUGUCAGCAAAUAGUUGCGUUUUUCCACCAAAGCGACGGAGCCUCGCAAAAUCUUCAGGGGUAUUGUGCUUCUCUCAAACUUCGGCAAAGUGAACUGACGCAAUCCUGUGGUCUAAAGUGGCUUGCUACUCUCCAUAUGCUGAAGAACAUCUUACAGCAGUGGGAAGCCAUUUUUCAGGUUUUCGUCGACAGACGAGUGGAUAAUCUUUUUCUGAAUGAGAAUGAAAGAAAAAUAAUUGAAAACUUUGUUGCAGUGCUGGAUAUUCUGAAGGACAUCACAGAGGAAGUAGGAAGUCAAGGGUUCAGUCCCAUCUCAAACAUCAUACCGCUUGUCCAAAAGCUGCAGGAGAGGCUGAGAAACCAAUGGAUGGUGGAGAACAGAAUAGCGAAGAAACUGUCAGAAAUAUGUGACUUUCAUAUCGGCAACAUCAAGAAAAUCCUUUGGUUUAGAGUUAGCACAGCAUUGGACCCACAAUGCAAAACCAGCGUUCUGCAGGACUCCGGCAUUGAAGAUAUCACAGCAGAAAUCAGGAAACAGAUCAAGGGAGAUACACAUUCUCCAGUGCACUGCAGCCAAGAAACUGAAAGUGAAGAGUCACUCUUUCAAAAGUACUGGAAAACAACAAACAUUUCAGCCAAUGCACUUGAAUUCUGGAAGACCAAUGAAGAGUUUAAAAAACUGGCAACAGUGGCCCGCAAGUACCUCACAGUGGUCUCCACUGCUAUUCCAGUGGAACGUGUGCACCAUCUGCAGGAGUCACGACUUGUCGACAAGAGAAGCUGUCUGGAGCCAGAAAAUGUCAAUAUGAUCCUGUUUUUAAACAGCAACCAAUGAAAACACAUUGUAUUGUAUAUACUUUGUCAGAAUGUCCAGCACUCUAAAUUUUUCAAAUACUGAGCCAAUUUAAAUGUUGAAAUGUUAAUAUCUGUUAUUUGAAGACAUAAACCUGUCUUUGAAUUAGGGCUGUCACGGUUCCUCAGUUUAAGUACUCGAUUUUACAAAAUCCUCGACUGCAAUUUCGCCCGUGUUGAGUAACCGGCAAAAUACCAGAAGUGGUGCAUUCCACAUACAAGAAUCCAUGACACACAUUAUUAGACAUUUUCCAAGGCUGCAUGAUAUAUUAAACCCAUUUAAAAAUCGUAAUAAAGAACAACGCCAUUGUGAAUUCACAAACGCUGUGAUUCAAUAAAACAAAUAUACGCGAUGCAGGUUUAAUAUAUGCACUUUACUUACAUGCGUGUAGGUUACAUACCUGCAUGCUGCUCCUCAUGAACAGUUAUCAUUGUGUGGAGCAUCUCAAACUCAGUCUCUGCAUAUUGCUGUGUGUUUGGGUUUAUUAUAACGUUCACCUGGAAUUGCAACAUGUGCCAUUUCAUCAGAAUUGUAAGGUAAAUGCAUUAGUAUCUUUCUCAAUGCUAACUGUUCAUCGAGGUUUCAAAAUAAAAGCUCAAAUCCUCAAUCUGAGUUUACAUGUUUUGAUGUCCACAUAUUCAAGAAAUUACAGUGGCUGUUGCAUUUCUGUUGUAAAUAAAUGUUUCUCAAGGUCUACACUCUAAAAAUCUCUUUAUUUAGGCGGGAGAUAAAAACAAAUAAACAUUUGGCUUGCUGCCUUCGUUAGUGUUGUAAAGAAAUGGCCAAAGAUUAAAUAUUAAGUGGGUAUUUGAAUAAAAUGUUGUUUAGUCAAUAUUAAUCGUCCUUAUUUGUUAUAACGCUUAAUGUACAUUAGUUCUAUUGUUUAUAAUACAUUUUGCAUUUUAACAGUUUUGUUCAAUAAAACCAUGAUUACUUGCUUUUGAUAAUUUGAAUGAAUUAUUAAUAUUGCCUCAUUGCUAUUAUAUAUGUAUUUUAAGUAAUUUUAAAGCCUGUUGUUUGCUUAGGCCUAUUUUACUACAAAAUUUAUUAUAAUUAUCAGAUUACUUGAUUAAUAGUCAGAAUAUAUGACAGAUUACUCAAUUACUACAAUAAUCGUCAAAGUGACAGCCCUACUAUGAA